CCGCCCCCGCGGGGGAUGCGCAAGGCGGCCGGAGCCUCGCUCUGAGGGACAGGUAUCGCUUAGGCGCCAUGUUGUGAGCGGAAGUGGGGGAGCGAGCGGCGGCGGCGGCGGCGGCGGCGGCGCCGCAGGGAAAGGGAGCGGAGCCGGGAGGAGCACAAGCAGCGGCGGCGGCGGCAGCAGCGAUAGCGAUAGCGAUACUAGUGUUAGAAGGAGGAGGAAGAAAGAGAAGAAGGCGAGUUCCACACAGACGGCACCGUCUUGCCGCCAGCCCGUGCGGGCGUCUCGCCGGGAGAGUGCGGCGUUUGUGGGGGGUGUCGGUCCCCGUGCCUCCCCCCUGGGGUCCCGCGGCCGCCGCGCGCCGGGGCUGUGGGGCUCAGGCGGCGGAGCAGGAUUCCCCGAGAAGGAGGAGGCGGGAGAGGAGGAGGAGGAGGAGACAGUGCCGGCGGCUGCGGGUCCGGAGAGAAGAUGCCGCUGGCGCAGCUGGCGGACCCGUGGCAGAAGAUGGCUGUAGAGAAUGCGAGCGACAGCGCCGAAAAUGGGCAGCAAAUUAUGGAUGAGCCUAUGGGAGAAGAGGAAAUUAAUCCACAGACGGAAGAAGACAGUAUCAAAGAAAUUGCAAUCACGCAUCAUGUAAAGGAAGGACAUGAAAAAGCAGAUCCCUCCCAGUUUGAACUUCUAAAAGUACUAGGGCAAGGAUCGUUUGGAAAGGUAUUUCUAGUAAAAAAAAUCUCAGGAUCUGAUGCUAGACAGCUUUAUGCAAUGAAAGUAUUGAAAAAGGCCACAUUGAAAGUUCGAGAUCGUGUGCGGACAAAAAUGGAACGUGAUAUCCUGGUAGAAGUUAAUCAUCCAUUUAUUGUUAAGUUGCAUUAUGCUUUUCAAACAGAAGGGAAACUAUAUCUUAUUUUGGAUUUUCUCAGGGGAGGAGAUUUGUUUACACGCUUAUCCAAAGAAGUGAUGUUCACAGAAGAAGAUGUUAAAUUCUACUUGGCUGAGCUUGCACUUGCUUUAGAUCAUUUACAUAGUCUUGGAAUAAUCUAUAGAGACCUUAAACCAGAAAACAUACUUCUUGAUGAAGAAGGCCACAUCAAAUUGACCGAUUUUGGCCUAAGUAAAGAAUCUAUUGAUCAUGAGAAGAAGGCAUAUUCUUUUUGUGGAACAGUAGAAUAUAUGGCUCCAGAAGUAGUUAAUCGACGAGGUCAUACACAGAGUGCAGAUUGGUGGUCUUUUGGUGUCUUGAUGUUUGAGAUGCUUACUGGUACUCUACCAUUUCAAGGGAAAGACCGAAAAGAAACUAUGACUAUGAUCCUCAAAGCCAAACUUGGAAUGCCACAGUUUUUAAGCCCUGAAGCACAGAGUCUUUUACGUAUGCUUUUCAAACGAAAUCCUGCAAACAGAUUAGGAGCCGGGCCAGAUGGAGUUGAAGAAAUUAAAAGGCAUUCAUUUUUCUCCACAAUAGACUGGAAUAAAUUGUAUAGAAGAGAAAUUCUUCCACCCUUUAAGCCUGCAACUGGUAGACCUGAAGACACAUUUUAUUUUGAUCCUGAAUUUACUGCAAAAACUCCAAAAGAUUCACCUGGCAUUCCACCUAGUGCUAAUGCACAUCAGCUUUUUCGAGGAUUCAGUUUUGUAGCUAUCACAUCAGAUGAUGAAAGUCAAGCAAUGCAGACAGUGGGAGUACAUUCAAUUGUCCAACAGUUGCACAGAAAUAGUAUUCAGUUUACUGAUGGAUAUGAAGUAAAAGAAGAUAUUGGAGUUGGCUCUUAUUCUAUUUGCAAGAGAUGUAUACAUAAAGUCACAAAUAUGGAAUAUGCAGUUAAGAUUAUUGAUAAAAGCAAGAGAGACCCAACAGAAGAAAUUGAAAUCCUCCUCCGUUAUGGACAGCAUCCAAAUAUUAUUACUCUAAAAGAUGUCUAUGAUGAUGGAAAAUAUGUCUAUGUAGUUACAGAACUUAUGAAAGGAGGUGAACUACUGGAUAAAAUUCUUAGACAGAAAUUUUUCUCUGAACGAGAGGCUAGUGCUGUCCUAUUCACAAUAACCAAAACUGUAGAAUAUCUUCAUGCACAAGGGGUGGUUCACAGAGAUCUAAAACCUAGCAACAUUCUUUAUGUAGAUGAAUCUGGUAACCCGGAGUCUAUUCGAAUUUGUGAUUUUGGCUUUGCGAAACAGCUAAGAGCAGAAAAUGGUCUUCUGAUGACUCCAUGUUAUACUGCAAAUUUUGUUGCUCCAGAGGUUUUAAAAAGACAAGGAUAUGAUGCUGCAUGUGAUAUAUGGAGCCUUGGUGUUCUUCUUUAUACGAUGCUUACUGGCUACACUCCAUUCGCAAAUGGUCCUGAUGAUACCCCAGAAGAGAUACUGGCACGAAUAGGCAGUGGAAAGUUCUCACUCAGUGGUGGCUAUUGGAAUUCCGUUUCAGACACAGCAAAGGAUCUUGUUUCAAAAAUGCUUCAUGUAGAUCCACAUCAAAGAUUAACUGCUGCCCUUGUGCUUAGACAUCCCUGGAUAGUCCACUGGGACCAGUUGCCCCAAUAUCAGCUAAACAGACAAGAUGCUCCACACCUAGUAAAGGGUGCUAUGGCAGCUACAUAUUCUGCUCUAAACCGCAACCAGUCACCAGUUUUGGAACCAGUAGGCCGUUCUACACUUGCCCAGCGGAGAGGUAUUAAAAAAAUUACCUCAACAGCCCUCUGAAGUGACCUCAGCCUUUUAUUUGGUACCAUGGUAUAAGAUGAUAGCACAAAUCAUGGCAACAGGUAGCACAUACCUGAGAGAUACCUGCAAGCACACACUGUCCCAGCUGGUACCCAUAAUGCUGCUGCUCCUGCUGCUCCUGCUUUCAUCUGUUCUUGCUUUAAAUGAUUGUUGGAAAGUUAGACUUUUCUGGAGCUUUGAAUGGAAUGAAUAAUGGAAGUAAUGAAGAUAUGUUCACUGAAUCAACCAGAAGAGUCAUGAACACCACCUCCGUCAUUAAAUAAAAAAUAUAUAUACACACACAUAUUUAUAUGUAUAUAUGAGAAUAUAUACAUAUAUACAUACACACACUGAAUAAUAAAGUACUCUCUACCAUAUAGCAUUAUUUUUAUAGGGAAUUUUUCUUGUCCCCCAAAAUAUUCUUUGUUACUUAAAAGGAUGGACAGUUUCUGUUAAGCACUUAACUUAAACAAUCCGUUUAUAUUAGCACUGUAUCCUUUGUGCCAUCCAACAUUUUGUAUGUUUUUGUAAACAAUUCAUAUACAGUACAUUUCUGUACUGCUUUCUUUAAUGUAUACAUGCCUUGUUUAACUUGGACCUUAUUAUGAAUCAAUUUGACAAUUAAAUCUGGUUAAGCAGUUCACCUGGAUUAAUCAGUAUUGUUGGACAGCUCAAAAAUUACCUGAUUGCUGAACAGCCAUUGAAUGUAAUACUAUGAUCUUGUACAAACCUUUCCUCAUGUCUGCGUCACUGAUUUUGUUCUUAAAAUGAGGUGCUGUAAGCUCUAGGGAGCUGUUAUGAUAGAGCAAGUCAGAGUAGUGCAUUGUCAUGUGUGUGAGACAUGGUAUCAAGAAUAUGCCAGAAAGUAAGCCUAUCCAUUUUACAACUUUGUUGGUUUUAGGGUUUUUUUCCCUUGCACUUUUUAAUCAUGAAUGGUAUUGAUUAAUAUUGGCUUGUUUGUGGUCUAACUUUGUUUUCUCUUGAAUUUUAUUUGAGAAUUAUAAUGGUUUAGUAAGACAAUUAGAGAAAAAAAAGAUUAUCAAAAACUCAAGUGUCCAUUGUAGGCUACAACUGGUAUUUAAAUAGUAUUAGGUGCUGGUUUGAAAUUGAUGCAUAAAUCUGCUCUGCAUUUGAAUUUAAAGCUUUUCUUAUAAGAAAAAAAGUAUUCUUGACCACGUAGUAUUGAACUGGAAAGAUAAAAUGGGAAAUUGGUUCAUCUUUAUAAAUGAUUUUAUGCACUCCUGGAGUCAGGAUACUUCCUCCUAUACUACACUUACCCAGAUUCCCAGUGUUCAUUAGAGAGCUAUAAUUUGGCAGAUAUCACUAUUUUGUAUCACCAUUGAAAUUUAUGCAAAAAUGAUUGCCUAAGUUGAGUAUCUGAUGCAGAUCUCUGCCAGAAUACCAGGUGUCAUAUAAAUAUGUGCAUAUAUAUAUGCAUAUUUUGCAAAUGUCGCUGUUACAAAUCAUGAUAGUGCUUAAUUAACUCGGUUCCCUUUAUGCUAUUAGCUAAUCAGUCUAAGUAUCAUGAAAGAUACUUAAGCAAAGAAGAAAUAAACUAAUUUACCUCAUUCUGAAUGUGCUUAGUUAAAUCUUAAACACUAAGCCAAUAUAAAUCAGAAAUGUUUUUCAUGCCAAAAGCUUGAUUAUUUCCAUAAGAGUACAAAACAAGGUUUUGGUUUGGUUUAACUAAAUAUCUUAUGGAAACUGCUUAUCAUGCCUUAAAUUUGGGAGGUAGCCUAUUUAUUAAUGUCAUAUAGAUUUGAUAUUAGGAAUAACAAGAACAAAGAAACAAGGACUAGAUUCUCUAUAAGCUGUAUAGUUCUUGAUGAUUUUGAAUAGAGGAAAUAACUGUUUCUAGAACAUCUCAUAGGUUGGAAGUGAGUUAAAAAGAGAGAUUAAAACUAAAUAAAAAGAAUGCUUGCUAAUUAAAUAUCUGCACCCCAGGUUAUCCAGAAUAGUUAUUAGAAAUCAUAUGGAAUAAGAAUGAUAGCAUAUUGGUGGUGCACCAGAAAGAAACUUUGAAAAAUUAAUGUAACGCUGAUAUCUAGGAAAGUAUUCGUGUUUUCUCCAUUGCCCAGAAAGAAGGAAUAUUUUUUACCUACUUUGAUUGAACUAAAGAUUCACAGUUGACAUGAUUUGGGACAGGACAAGAUAAAUUUCAGGCAAAAUAUUUUGUUGAUAUUAACGUUAUUUUAUUGACUAAAAUUUACUGACUAAAAAAAAAAAGACCUUAGAAAUUAUCUAAGAAACUCUUUUUGUUUUGCAAAUGAGGAAACCAAGUUACUGACUCUGUUUCCCUUGAAGUAAAAAGAGGGUUAGGCCAUCUAAGGUUCUGUAAUUUAAAAUAACCUGUUCAAAGUCACAUAGCUAAGCUGGAUAAAAUCUAAGGAAACUGUGGUAUAAUAAAAAGGACCCUGAAUUUGGAGUCAGAAGCUCUGCCUCUUCUUACCUGUGAGACUAUUGCUAAAUCAUGUCACUUCUCUGCCCUCAUUAAUUUAUCUGUAAAGUGAGAGAGAUGGGUUCGAUGAACUACAUGGACUAGAAGUUCAUUCCAAUCCUAGAAUCUUAAGACUUCUUAAUCCUUUAAAUCUUCUACCACAUCAUGCUAUUUCCCCUACAUAUUGCCACUUGGCAAGUAAAAUGAGCAUUAAAUUUUUCUUAGGAUUAACAUUCAACAAAUAUUUAUUGAAUAUCUAUUGUCUUCUGAAACACAGAUUAAGAAAAGACUGGCUGCCCUCAGGGAGCUUAUAAGGGAGACUACAUACACAACUAUAAUACAAAGUCUCCCUUCUCUAUUUGUGGCUACACUGAUUUUAGUAUUAAAAAAGUAAUGUGGUCUUAACCUGCUAGAUUUCAAUAAAUUGUCCUAUUCUGUAAAUAGCAAUUCACCUGACCACAAAGCUAUCACAGUCGGUUAAAAAGCAGGUUUAUAAAAAUAAUUCAGGCUCCUUUUUUUUUACUUUACCUUUUUUAUAUCUAUGAAUCCAAUUCUUCCACCUUUCUCUAGUUAUUGUAUUAACAUGGACAUUUUAUUCUUACUUCCCUCAACAAUUAAGUUGCCAUUUAGAAUCUACAUGGUAAUAGACUAUUUUGGAAACGCUCCUUCUUGCUUUUUAGUCCUCUUGGCGUAAUAUCAAUUUACAUCUUGCCUGUAAUGGGAGGCAUUUUAAAAAUUAAAGUAUUAUUUAUUAGAAAGAUUGGUUUUAUCCAAAGUGAAAGAAAUUUAAUAUUACAAUAUACUAAAGACUAUUUGGGGCACAAUCACCAUUUGUUUUGUCAAUUUCCUUUUUUUAAGAGAUUGCAUUAAAAUUAAAAGUUUUGGUUGUUUUUUUUACAAAUCACUUUUUCUGGUUUAUUAGCUAUAUUAGGCAUCACUUCCAAGUAUUUUCCAUUUAAAUGUAUAAUUGUAUUAGGAUCAUUUCCAGAACUGAUUUUUGUGCUUGUCCCAGAAAGUUCCAGUCAUACCAGGUCUGUCACUGUGAUAAAUGGAGUUCUUUAUGACUAGCUAGUUAAGUUUAGACUUCAAUCCUUGUUUUUUAAAUUCAAAAACUAGACUAGAUGACUUAAAUCAGUAUUGUGACUACAGUUAAUAAAGGCAGACCUCUUUAUCUCUAGGGUGCUUAUAUUUUGCUAUUCUCAAAUAAGAAUUUAUGGAGAUCACUUAAUGAAGGAAUAAAAUGAGGUUUUUAAUGCCUGUGGUAUUCUACAGAUCCACACAUAACCACUCUUUUUCCAGUUGAUGGGUCUUUAUGGCUAUAAGAGACAAUCAAAGCAGUUAGAAACAACUUAGUGCUAUUUCUGACUAUGAGAUUUUAUGUAGUAUGUGUCUCAAAGAAGUCGAAUAACUGAAACACCUUUGUUUUCGUAAGUCUAGGAUCUCAAUCUUGUGUUCAUCACUUUGCUCUAACCAGUCUUUUAACUGUUUGUCUCAAAAGAAUCCCAAGGAUUGGGAUGAGAGCCCACCUCCUACCUCUUAAGGCACUUUUCUCACAACUGCCACAUAACCUUGAAGUUGAAGAUCAGCAGUUUAGAUUUCUGUCCCAGUGAUUACUCCCAGAUCUUCUCACAAAGUGCAAGUAGAGGUUAGUGGACUAGAAAAAUUGGAAAUAAUUCAUAGGUAAACCUCAGACAAAACAAAACUUCAGAGUUAAGUUGCCAGUUAUUAUAUGUAAGUGUAUAUGAGAGAAAUAGUCUGGCUGUAAUAUUAAGUAGCUUAGUUCUGCUGUCUAGUGGGGAGUGAAGAUUUUUACUUCUAUUGUAAUCACUAUAAUAUUGAACAAAACAUACUGAGCAUUUUCAAUUGAAGUGUUUAAAAAAAUAUUUUAAAUACCAAGCAAGAACAUAAGAAUAUAGCUUGUUUUGUUUUAUUUUAGUAAAUGUAAUUUACAUUACCUCUAAAGCUUUGCUACUUUAUUGGAAGAAAAAAGCAAGCUUCAUGGUAUGCCAUUCUUUGGUGAACUUAAAGAUUAUUGGGUGAUGAGUUUUAACUCAAAAAUGAUGUAAAUUUAUUAGCUUUAUCUUAGCUCUUAUUCUAAUAAAAAGGAGGUGUAUACAAGAGGGAUGUAAUUAUUUUGCGGUUUUUGCUGGGGGAGGGGUUCAGAGUGAGUAUGUACUGUACCUUAAUAGUUUUUAAAAAAGAUAAAAAUCAGAUAAAUAUUUUUCUACUAUUAUAUGAUUAUACUUUGUAUUAGUUUCUUUAGUAUGGCAUGCCAGGAAGCCCAGGGUACUAUAUGAUGAAUUAAUAAUGUAUUGUACCUUUUAUUAGGCAGUUAAAGUAGCAUCAGAUGCUUGGCACUUCUACCAUAAUUUAAAAAAUGCUUAUACAAGAUCAAAUAUUACUGAACAGUUUAAAUGAUUAAAUUACUCCCAGGUCUGAUCUAGGAAAUUUUCCAAUCAUACUGUUAAUAUGUAAUCUUAAACUAUUUCAAUUGUAUACAUGAACAAUCCUGAAAAGAUAUUGCUUGUAUUCCUGACACAAGUUGUCAGGUUUUGUAAUCUUUAAAAGAAAUGAAAAUUUAUACAAUGAAUAAACUUUCAAAUACAUAAUACAUAUAUAUGCCACCUUUUUCACAUAUUAUUAAUUAUCGUAUGCCAGUUGGAUAAUAGCAUGUCAUCUCAAAUUAGGUUCAGUCUCUUGAACUGCUAUUUAUGAAAUUGGAUUUCUAAAAAAGGUAGACACAUAGAGAGACACUUUAAAUUUUGUUGGGUAGCUUUUAUGCCUUACUGUUUAGGGGGUGGAUCACUUGAACAUUUUAAGGUUUGUUUGGGUUUGGUUUUUUUGUUUGUUUUUUUUUUUUAAGUAAAUAGAAAGCCUCCAGGAUUUUAGUCCAAACUAUAUAAAUAUUUGACAACCAUCAACCAGAGAAGUUUAUUACUAAGAAUGACUUGUUUUAGACAUGAAGUUUAUGCUAAUUAUCAGUUGUUAAUAAUCCUGAGGUUAUUGGUCUUCAAUCUCAUUAAAGUUUCUAAUUUUCAACAAA